AUGAAAGAUAUUGGUUCUUUAAGUUACUUUCUUGGUAUAGAAGUUAAUAGAUCACCUGAUGGGUAUUUCAUAUCUCAAUCUAAGUAUGCGUCUAAAAUUAUUCUUCCUGCUGGUUUAACUGAUAAAAAAAAAGUAGAAACACCUCUUGAACUGAAUGUCAAACUCAAUGCCGCUGAUGCAAAAGUUCUUUCCAAUCCAAAUUUGUAUCAUUGGCUUGUUGGUAGUCUUAAUUAUCUGAUUGUUACAAGACCAGAUAUUAGCUAUGCAGUUCAUAUUGUCAGUCAAUUCAUGUCUGCUCCUCGUGCUUCACAUUUUGCUGCAACUGAGAUUGGGAAGGAGAUGCUACAGAUAGACCUUCUACCACCGGAUAUUGUAUUGCUAGGCAACUCUUUAAUUUCAUGGCGUAGUAAGAAGCAGUCAGUGGUUUCUCACUCUAGUGUUGAGGCUUAG